AUGCGGCGGUCAUCGCGACUGGAAGCCACUUCAGGCGCUCGCGCUCCAUGCAUGGCUAAGAUGAUUGCGCAACAUGCUCAACGCAUACGUCAGGGCGUUAAAGAGUCGGAGGAGGAGUGGUUGCCUGAUGCAGAAGAGGAAAGUGCCACUUUUGAAGCAGGCGGACUCGUAGACUCUGAAUCGUCUGACGAAGGAGUGGCUAAGCGGCGCGCUCGAGUGAAUAAAAGGAAAGUCAUUGAUAGCGACGACUCGGAUCAAGCCCAAACGCCCCGAGCUGCAAUAAAUUCUACGAAAAAAGUUAGCGCACUUUCAAACAAAGUGACUUCAUUGCCGUCUCAUACUGCAAAGACUAAGCCAAGGGCGACACAGGCAGUACAGAACGUUGCAUAUGCCUCAAAGAGUAACGGGAACAUAUCCGUUAAAGCUGAAGCAACUGAAACGCACCGACGACCUGUGAAACAGUCAAAACGAGCCGUGAUGCAAGUGAGUGCUGAUCGAAACAAUCAGCAUACGUCGGUCUCGUACAGUGGUGCACCGACUACAUACACUCUUGACAACUUUUUUGACAACAUUUUAGAUUGGAAGUUUGACGAGGCUUUAAAAAGAGAAAGUCAAAGGAGCCACUCAUGUCAGACUUUACAUGAUGACUCAGAGGAAGGUGAAGUUGGGAAUGAAGUCGAGAAAGUUCCAAGCAAGUUUCACUCCUAUGAUCACUACUUUUCAGUUUGGAAGCCACUAGCGUUGAAAGAAGUUCAGGCUCAGACGAUUAAUGCUGUGACGACAGACCAUCCAAACCCCAUUCCCGUUACUGUGAAAGGAUUUGGAACGACUUUUAUUUCCAAGAGCUGCAAGAUUCGCGUAGAAUUUAAAAAGCCAACCACAUCCGGGCCACGACGCAAGGGUAAUUGGGAUCACUUACACGACGUGUUUACAAACGAUUUGGUACUCCUUUCGCCAGAUCAAGACUACUUUCGUAAAAUUUUGGGCUCGACAAGAAUUGGCCUUGACCAAACAGUCAAUGAGUCCUUAGACGCAACUCAUGUAGGAUAUUUGGCGAUUGUGGCGACCCAGCGAGCAUCAAAAGAGGGACUGACUAUGACGAUCUUGCGAACGGGACUAAGUGUGCUGGAAAAGCUGGACAAAGUCUACCUUUUUAAACUUAAUAACCUCAUUACCAGUGUCCGCGAGUUUCGAGCACUUUGUGACUGUAGCCAUUACGGAUUAUUGCCGUUAUUGUUGUCUGGUGAGCACAAGCAAGGAACAAUGCAACUUGAUUCACUUGGCUUGAAAUAUGUUCAGUGGCUUAAAAAAACUUUUAACGAAUCGCAGAGGGAAGCCAUUACCGCAGCGGCGACUUCGCAGGGUUUUACACUCAUUAAAGGCCCUCCAGGAACAGGCAAGACUACGACAUUAAAAGGCUUGCUAAAUUCAUUGCAUUUGCGGGAGUAUAAUCGAUAUUACAAUGCGGUACUGGACGUGGCGCGUCGACCGGACAGCGAAACAGCCAAAGCAUGGGCACAGGUGGGAAAUGAAAAGCCUCAUAUUUUGGUUACAGCGCCUUCAAACGCAGCAGUUGAUAACAUCGUGAGCAAAGUGAUUGAGGAAGGAUUUUGUGAUGGAGAGGGGCGACGAUAUUUUCCUAAAAUUGUUCGUGUUGGACGAGGGCUGAGCACCAGUGUUCAAAGUGUAGGCUUAGAAUACCAAGUCGAUCAUAUUUGCAGCCAGCCGCUCGAUGUUCUCGAAGGACAUAUCGGCCGUCUGCGCCACGAGUUGAUGGUAGUGGAGCGCGACUCGGUAAUUUUACGUGGCCAAUUACGAUAUAUUGUUGAAUGGAUUGAAAAGGACCCCAAAACCGCGCUAGAAGAGAUUGCUGACGCUGCUGCGCAUGCAGCGGCCGAAGCCCACACUUUGUCGCAACCACCUUCACUACUUUUAUCACCUAAGCCUCGGAUAGGACAGAUACCGGCGGAAUCAGCGCCGGUAUCAACAUAUCCUGGUUCACCUCCACCGCCCUCACCGCCCUCACCGCGCCCUGUUCUUCAAACAUCUGAUGAUGAAGAAGAUGAAGAAUUUCCUGCUUCAUUCGAAGCCUCACCACCGGUUUGGAGCGAGGAAGAUUUAUUUGACGCUAAGGCAAGUGGAAAGGCACUAAAUGCAUUUUUGGACGAUGGAAGCAACUCUGAAGAAGAUGAACCACUGCCAGUCGGAGUCAAAGCUGAAGAUAAAGAGGAGCAGGACGAACCAUUUCCUGCCACAUGUCAUUCACAGUCAUGCGAGCAACAAUGCGAGAAUGAGGGCGGAAAUAUCAGAACUGGAUCAGCUAGUAGACCGAUUGAAGUCAAUGAUGACGAAGCCAACGAUACACCGAGUAAGGAUAAAUCACUUCAAAAUCAUAAAUUUGAUCACGUUCAUGUGUCGCCGCGACUGAAUGAGGGCAAUGACCACAGCGAUACCACGCCUUACAACUUGCAUCUGCCAUCGCCACCGCCACAAGAACAUCCAGUUCCAGAUCUGGUGAAUGAAAGUAAAGAAUGGGGCCCCAUUGACUACUCACGGUAUCACCCCUACGUGGUGAUGGCUCAGCGAAUCAACGGGUGCUUAGAAAAGCUUUCCGAGGUCAAGCUGGAGUUACAACGAUAUGAGUUUGCCCGGCAAGCAGUUCGUGAAAUGAGAGGAAAACUUUCGCAGUCCACGCGGCAAUCGCUAGAAGUUUCUUUCUUGGAUACAGCACAUAUUGUAUUUACAACAUUGAGCAGCGCGGGUGUUGCUGCACUUGAUGCAAGUGCUCGUUAUGACGUACUGGUAGUUGAUGAAGCAGCUCAAGCCGUUGAAUUGUCCACUAUAAUUCCCAUGAAGUUUGGGAGCAAACAAUGCGUGCUUGUCGGUGAUCCGCAGCAACUUUCAGCCACUGUCUUUUCUCGUAACAGCGGGCAAUCCUUGUACGAACGUAGUUUAUUUGAGCGUUUGGAAAGCUGCGAGCAUCCAGUGCAUAUGCUACGAACUCAGUAUAGAAGUCACCCGAUGAUCUCUGAUUUUCCAAGAAACUACUUUUAUGAGGGCAAGCUUCAGGACGGAGAAAAUGUUAAAAGCGUUGAUUACAUUAAAUCGUAUCACAGUCUUGGAGCUGCUUUUAUGCCACUAGUGUUUUGGAACCUCCUGAGCAGUCGCGAAAAAAGUACAAAGUCAGUUUCUCGCAUGAAUGUUGGCGAGGCUGAGUUAGCAGUGAAUUUAUAUCUCACCUUGAAGAACUCAUGUCCUCCAGACGCGAUCGCCGGAAAAGUUGGUGUGAUCACGCCGUAUAGCCAGCAAAUGGAAGAGCUAAGAAAUCGAUUUCGGCGUACAUUGGGCGAGCGUUACGAGCAAGAAGUCGAGAUCAAUACAGUCGAUGGAUUUCAAGGACGCGAAAAAGACAUCGUUAUCUUAUCCACUGUCAGAGCCGACCCUAAAGCUGGUGUUGGCUUUUUAAACGAUAUUCGGCGCAUGAACGUAGCACUUACGCGCGCAAAGUUUGCCUGCUAUGUGAUAGGAAAAGAGGACACACUGCGUUCCUCAGAGCCAUGGUCAGCGCUUUUGGACCACACAUACAAUCGCCAUUGUGUUGUGCAUGUACAAAAUCCGCAGUGCAACUUACUCACGCUCAAGCCAAUGGAACAGCCAUCCGAGAUGUCGAGAGGAGCAUCGAGAAAGUCUUAUUCCCAAGGGCCUUUACAGCAAUACGAAAAGUCGAUUAAGGAAGGUUGGAAGGGAGCAGGACUAGGAAAUAGCAGUGGACGACGUAGUGGACAGCGAGGAGACCGUGGUUGUGGUAACCGAGGUCGUGGCCGAGGUGCACCGAUGCAGCAAAUAGAAUCACAACAACAAUAUGCGCAACAUCCAGGACCGCAUCCGUCAGAUCAACUUCCGUCCAGUACAUGUGAUCAGUUUCCACCCAUAAAUAGGUCGACACACCGCUCGGAAAGAUUAUCGGCGACAACUGCGCCACAAUCUCAACAUUCAACACGAGGUUGGCUAAAUAACCAAUCUCCUACGCAAAACCCACCAACUGCAGAGCCUUCCGUUGAAAUUUUGCGUCCAGCCUUCUCUCUUCAGCUGAAUGAUGCUACGCGUAGAGGCAAGGUGAAAAAGCUCGUUUUCUCGAUAAGAGAGACCGUUCCAUUUUUCGUGAGCUCGCUGCGAUCAGUACACAAAUGGAAGCACUUUCAAGCAGAACAAUUAGACUCCUUGGCUCAAGCAGAAGUGGAAACGAAUGUAAAACAGGUCAAAAGUCCCUUUGCUCGCUCUGCAAGUGUUGAAAACCUGGUGCAUUUUUUGGACGAAACGGUCCUGGAUAUUAACUGUAUGGUUCAGUUGCCUUCUAUCGAGAAAUGCUUGGAAGCAUGGUGGAAAUUUUACGCAGACAGUAAGCAAACCAUCGAUCAAAACAUUCUGCGCAACUUCUACUAUGAUCUUGCAUCUGUACUUGUCAAAGCAAACACAAAAACGGGUCACAAGAACUUCGUGUCCUUAAUCAUGCGCUCAACAUGGUUAAACUGGGAUCCAAAAGAGAACCCCCUUGUCAAAAGCGAAUUUAAUCGGUUGCUGUUCACUCUCGCACACAUUAUGACGCCAACUAAUCGACUAAGUGAAUACGUGAUUUUCUUUCACAAUACAAUGGAUAAGAUCUCGCGCAAUUACCGUCAGGAAAAUUGUAAUGAAAAGCAUAGCCGACGACCACAGAGUCGAAGAAAGUUGACCUUGGGUGAAAAUUUUAGUUCUGAUAUGGUCUCAAGCUCUAAAUCCAUCUCAACUGUUUCCUCAAAUCAAGUGUCGGAUGUUCGAAUAGGUCGAAGUUACGAGGCCGACCCUUUAUUAAACGACCGGCAUUUCCAGAACAGAUUUCGGCAACCUGCUGGAAACACAAUCUCCAUGAAUCAAGUGGCGGUAGCGCUCAAUCCGAUCAACAACAAGUUCUGUCCACCUUUAUUGGUAUCCCGAUUAAAAACAUAUUCAAAUGCUGACUUAUCUAGUGUACGAUGGCAGCCACCUGAUGCUGUAACUCAUGCAAUACACAAUUUGACUGUGUCAAGCAAUAUUGCCCAUUUACCUGCGAGUAACGUUUGUCGACAAACAACUGGGAGGUUUCAAAAUUCUCACAAUUCCAAGCUUAUCUAG